CAUGUUAGGUGAGCGACCAUUCAUGCAAAUUAGAUCCAAGGCUCCCCUCCGUUUUCUUCUUAAAAUCAAGACAACCAAUCCAAAUAAGCAGCCUUAAUUUUCGUAAUAAAAAAUUCAGGGCUCUGACCGGUAUGCUGGUCCGCAGAACGUGUUCACCCGUCAACAAUUUCUUGUGCUAUAAAUUUGUGAGCCCACACAGAAUUAAUGCAGCUACAUCUACCCAGCUUUGCAUACCUGCGCUUCUUUGUCCAUUCACGUGGUUUAAAUUAGCUACCUGUGGUUCUUGGUUAGAUAGAUGAAUGCGUGCUACGCUUAAGUAGAGCUUUGUGUGGGCAUCGCAUUGCCUUCUCAGAUCUCGCAGCUGCUGCUUCUUCUUCUGCUUCAAGGGUGAUUGCCAAAUUUCCCUUUGCUAAACAUGGCAACAGGGCAGCUUUUCUCUCGCACAACUCAGGCAUUAUUUUACAACUACAAACAGCUUCCUAUCCAGCGCAUGCUGGAUUUUGACUUCCUCUGUGGCAGAGAGACCCCAUCUGUUGCUGGAAUCAUUAAUCCUGGUUCUGAAGGAUUUCAGAAACUCUUCUUUGGGCAGGAGGAAAUUGCCAUACCUGUUCAUUCAGCCAUUGAUGCCGCAUGCACAGCCCAUCCAACAGCUGAUGUCUUCAUUAAUUUUGCAUCUUAUAGAAGUGCAUAUGCAUCUUCCAUGUCUGCCCUGAAGCAGCCAACAAUUAGAGUAGUAGCUAUAAUAGCUGAGGGUGUUCCAGAAGGAGAUGCUAAGCAGUUAAUUGCUUAUGCACGAGCUAAUAAUAAGGUUAUCAUUGGACCUGCUACUGUAGGUGGAAUUCAGGCUGGGGCAUUUAAAAUUGGUGAUACAGCGGGCACCAUUGACAAUAUCAUUCAGUGCAAGCUGUACAGGCCAGGAUGUGUUGGAUUUGUCUCCAAAUCUGGGGGAAUGUCAAAUGAAAUGUAUAAUACAAUUGCACGUGUUACUGAUGGGAUAUAUGAAGGUAUUGCAAUUGGUGGGGAUGUGUUUCCUGGUUCAACAUUGUCUGAUCAUGUUUUGCGGUUUAACAAUAUUCCACAGAUUAAAAUGAUGGUUGUACUUGGGGAACUUGGUGGUAGAGAUGAGUAUUCUCUAGUUGAAGCCUUAAAACAAGGGAAGGUGCAAAAGCCAGUUGUUGCUUGGGUUAGCGGCACCUGUGCACGCCUCUUCAAGUCUGAAGUACAAUUUGGCCACGCAGGUGCAAAAAGUGGAGGUGACCUUGAGUCUGCACAAGGAAAAAAUCAAGCACUAAGAGAAGCAGGUGCAAUUGUUCCCAGCUCUUAUGAAGGAUUGGAAGAUGCUGUAAAGAAGACAUUUGAAUCUCUUGUUGAGCAAGGAAUGAUUGGUCAAACUCAUGAAUUUAAGCCUCCUCAAAUACCCGAGGACCUGAAAACAGCAAUUAAGAGUGGCAAAGUCAGGGCACCAACUCAUGUUAUUUCCACCAUCUGUGAUGACAGAGGCGAGGAACCAACGUACUCGGGUGUACCCAUGUCAACUAUUGUAGAGAAAGGUUAUGGUGUGGGUGAUGUUAUCUCACUAUUAUGGUUCAAACGCAGUCUUCCACGAUAUUGUACAAAAUUCAUUGAGAUAUGCAUCAUGCUUUGUGCUGACCACGGGCCUUGUGUAUCUGGUGCACAUAAUACAAUUGUAACAGCAAGAGCAGGGAAGGAUUUGGUCUCAAGUCUCGUGUCAGGUCUCCUGACUAUUGGCCCAAGAUUUGGUGGGGCUAUUGAUGAUGCUGCAAGAUACUUUAAAGAUGCAUAUGACAAGGGUUUAUCGCCUUAUGAAUUUGUUGAAGGGAUGAAGAAGAAAGGUAUUCGUGUGCCAGGGAUUGGUCACAGAAUCAAGAGAGGCGACAACCGUGACAAAAGAGUAGAGCUCCUCCAAUUAUAUGCACGUACAAAUUUUCCUGCUGUGAAGUAUAUGGAUUAUGCUGUACAAGUGGAAACCUACACUCUUUCCAAAGCAAACAAUCUCGUCCUCAAUGUUGAUGGUGCAAUAGGGUCUCUUUUCUUGGACCUUCUCGUUGUUAGUGGAAUGUUUAACCAACAAGAGAUUGAUGAGAUUGUGGAGAUUGGUUAUUUGAAUGGUCUCUUUGUACUUGCACGAUCAAUUGGUUUGAUUGGGCACACAUUUGAUCAGAAGCGGUUGAAACAGCCAUUGUACCGACAUCCAUGGGAAGAUGUUCUGUACACCAAGUAGAUUUUCUUAGCAUGAAAUAGAGUUUGCCAAAGCAUUGUCCGGGGGAAUUUUUAGUGAAACUACAAGUUUCCCAAUUUCUUUGUGUUCUGGGAGCAGUUCAGAAGUCUUGAGCCCCAGCAUUUUAGUAUACCUUGUCAUCUAAUAGACUGAUGAAUAAUUAUAAUGUGCUAGAGUUGCUCUGCAUAAGCAAAUGGUUAGGUUAUCUAUGUUAAUGGUGUUUUCUCAAAUAAUAAUGUUCCUUCCUGUAGAAGGAUGCAUGUUAAUGCAUUUGCAGAUUUUGAUUGUAAAUUGAUGAUAUUUGCUUUGAUGAAAUAUGUGGAGUUUCACAUCCUUGAUUUUUA